AUGGCGAGCUCGUCGAGGACUAUUUUCCUGGCAGGGCUCUCGAAGCCGUGCCGGGUAAACAGCCCUUGUGAUACAAAAAGCGAGGCUGACGAGUGCUCCAGAGCUGCGGCAAAGAGCUGUAUGCCGACUUCAGAGAAGCGCGGCCCGGCUCGCUCAACGCAUUCUCCGAGAAGCUGCAGUGCCAAGGCCAAAGCAGGACCGCGACGCCGGGGCAGAGCGCAAGCACCCCCCCGAGGUUCGCAUGUGCACGCGCUGUCCGGGGCGCAUGUGCGGCAUACGGAGUCUUGGCUCGUGGGCUGGACGGCCCGGCCGGCACGUUUUGUCGCCGAGGAGGAGACCGAGACGGCGUUCAACAUCACGGUAGACACGAAACCCGACGACAGCCGGCUGAAGGAGUAUUUCAACAUGUGCGUCAAGAUGAAGCGCUACUCGCAGGUCCUUGAAGAGCCUGAGGUGGAUGGUGCCCGGAAUGACGGCGCGCUGCUUCAGGACAUUAGGCGGUCGUACGGGGCCAGGUGCUUGAGGUCCCUGCCGUUCGGGUUCAGGCUCAGCCAGCCGACAGCAGCUGUCUACGUCAAGUCGUUCAACUAA